AUAGUCUCGACUCUCGAGUCUCGACGCGACACUCGCGACAUAGACUCGCCAAAAGUAUCGUCUUGAGGACUUAUCUGCGUGUUCCAUAGCAGAUUAAGAUACGAAGAGGCAUUCUUUGCUUCAAGUUCAAAAUACAACAAUACCAGUGUUCCGUAAAUAGACAUCUCUAUCCAUCGUCAUCACGACGCUUGACCAUAUUAUUUUCGUUUAACCUUAUGUAUUAAGUAAAAUCGAGUGUUCAAUAUAUCUUCGAAUCAUAUGUUUUAUAAUCAUCGAGUAGGUCGAGUGUAGUCUUCAUUGCAGGUAUAUAUAUUCGUAUAUAUAAAUAGUAAGAUUUUCAUCGAUAAGAAUGUCAGAAAGCGAAGCUAGCACAACGUCACAGCAAAAGCAGUACCAGCAACAACAGCAAGCCUGGCAACAAUACUCGCAAUUGUAUGGUUCUUAUGGCCAAUUAUAUCAAGCAGCUACCACAUUUGAUUAUGGCCAUCAAAGUCAAUCAUAUUAUCCACAAUACAAUACAAUGAGUUAUGGAAACUACAAUCAAAUGCAGCAAAAUACUCAACAAUUACUUCAGCAACAGCAGCAAGCUCAACAAUCCCAAGAAUCACAAAACCAGCUACAGCAAGAUAAAAAAGGAAAGCAACAAACAGAUCAAUCAUCAAGCACACCAAAACCAAUGACAUUCAAUGAUGAUUCUGAAUUACCUCCUCUACCCCCUGGUCCUCCACCACCACCUAAAAAUCAAACAUCCUCACAAACUCCUGCUUCUCAAAAUUCACAGCAACAAUCACUAAGUACUCAACAACCAUAUCCAUAUCAUUCAUAUCCUUAUAAUAAUUGGAAUGGUCUACAAGAAUCUGAUUCUAAUACAGGUUAUACUGGCAUCCGUUUUAAUUUGACCAACAAGAAAGCUGGUUUAGGGUAUCACCAACAACAACAACAACAACAGCAACAGCAACAGCAACAGCAGCAGCAACAACAACAACAACAACAACAACAAAUACAACAGCAGCAGCAGAACGUAUUAAACAACUUAUCAAAAAAGAAGCGUAAGCGCAACAAAAAUCAGGAAGUUGAUCAGUACAUGUUUCAAGGAACAUUGCCGAACACAUCUAUUCCACCACCUAACAUGUUUACAUCUGCAACUAAGCAACAUGAGUUACCACCAUUACCACCACCCUUACCCAAAGAAAAGCCACCAUCUCCACCUCCCCCAGUGGAUGAUGUAAAUCUUCCAUCCCAGCCACCACCAUUGCCAAAAGGGCCACCCCCAAAAGCAGCUCAAUCGCUACCACCUUUGCCAAUGGAUACAUCAGUACCACCUCCUAAUUUUAGAAAGCCCCCACCAUCUCUAGGCUCAAACCCAACAAAAAUGGGUCAAACCCCUAAUCCUGCGGCUGAUUGGCCUGAUAGUUUAAAAAAUUACGUUAACCGAUGUUAUGAAAAAUGUGUCACGCCUGUUGACAAAGAUCAAGUGGAAAUCAUUCUGAAAGGCAAAAUAACACGUUCAGCUAAUGAUGGAUCUCUUUGGGUGAAAGAUUGGGAUAAAGAACCACUACCCAGCAUUCAUAGUGAGCGAAUGACUAUGACGAUAAAACCUAUGCAUUCUGCACAGCUUGGAGCUGGUAGAGGAAUUGGAAAAUCUCCAAAUAUAUCUCAGCUUAUGAACUCGAGAUUAGGUAACAAUCGAUCUUCAAUUGGUCUACCCAAAACACCAUUAUCAAGUGUCAACAGUAAUAACCCUUCUGUUCAUAACCGUCGGUCGAAGUCGAAGAGUCACUCCCGUUCUCGGUCGCCUUCCCCAGCGCCCCGUAAGUACAGGCGUAGUACCUCAUCUUCAUCCGGUAGUGAACGUGAUUACAAAUCGCCAGUGUCGCAUAAAACCAAAAAUAAAAAUAAAAUAGCCUCAGUACUGGUUCAGAAUCAGAACCAAAACAUCAAUGCCCAGUUGAUGCAGCAACAGAGCAAGGGUAAAAAAAAUAAAAACAAAAAUAAAAUGAACAAAAACAUGGGUAACUGUCAUUUCUACUCGGAGCAUGGCCUUCAAGGAGGACAAAUUGAUGAGUAUGGGACAAAAGAAAAACUACAACAAAGAGCUGCAAGGUUUAAUAAAGGUAAUAACAAUCAGCAGCAACAACAACAAAAUCAAAGACAACAGCAGAGGAAUAAGCAGCAACAAAAUCAGUAUCAGUCCCCUCAACAGCGCCUUGCUGCUUUAACCGCUAGUAAUACUCUGUUUAGAGAUGAUCCCACGGCCGAAUUUGACUUUACAGAGCUACAUAUCGUAGGUACUUGCCGAGAUCUCGAGAAGCCAUAUCUUCGUCUUACUUCGGCUCCCGAGGCAUCGGCAGUGCGUCCUGUUAGCAUACUGCAAAAAUCAUUGAUUCAUGUUAAAAAACGUUGGGUUCUACAGCAGGAUUAUCGUUAUGCAUGCGACCAAUUGAAGUCGAUUCGUCAAGACUUAACAGUACAAGGAAUAAGAGAUUCAUUUACUGUUAAUGUGUACGAAACUCACGCGCGCGUCGCUCUCGAACGUGGCGAUCACGAAGAGUUUAAUCAAUGUCAAACACAAUUAAAAAUGUUGUACUCGGAAAUCGGGGGCGAAAAUCGCUGCGAGUUUGUCGCCUAUAGAAUACUCUAUUACAUAUUUACCAAGAAUACAUUAGAUUUAACGACAAUACUCGCAGCUCUUUCGGAGAAAGACAAAACAGACGAAUGCAUUAGUCACGCGUUAAAAGUUAGAUCAGCUUGGUGGUUGUGCAAUUACCAUACUUUCUUUAAGUUAUACAAAAAUUCGCCUAGAAUGGCGGGAUUCCUCAUGGACUGGUUUAUUGCCAGAGAGAGGAAACUUGCUCUUAAACAAAUGAUCAAAGGCUAUCGACAAAAUUUGGCGGUUGAUUUCAUCGUGGCGGAAUUGGCCUUUGAAUCAUUGGAGAAGUUUUAUGAAUUUGUCGCUGAGUUCGAAUUGGUCUUCACUGAUUCAGAACGUAAGCAACUCGACUGCAAGACGAGCAGUUCUUCUAUAGGUGCUUGGUAGAGACUUUCAAUUAUCUCGAAAAACAGCAAAUAGCCCUGGUUUUAAUUAACCACAAUUCAAAUGAAAUCUGAUUGUGCAUAUAUUGAAUUUUUCAAUUUUUAUGCUUCCAAAUCGCUUUACGGAAUCGUCAAAUUUCAUCUGACGUUUUCAAAGCAGUUGAAAAGUAUUCUCAACUAAUAUUAUCAGCUCAUUCUUUGAUAUCGAGAAAAUGAUUCUAAAAAAGUGGUCCAUUCGUUCUUAUCAUCGGAUCUUACAUGUUCUAGAAUAAUGUAAAAUGAAGUUUUCAUGCUUAAAAAACUUUAAUAACGAGACAAGAAUUUACUGCGCGUGACUAGUAUGACAACAACGAUUCCAGUUUAUAUUAGAUGAUAUAAUAAUCGAUAUCAGUUUUUUCGAAAAUUAUUCUCAAAGUGUCAACGAUCAUACUUUACCUUCAAGAUAUUUGUGAUAGGUACUUGGUUAGAGGAUCGGAUAUUUGGAAUGGUACAAAUAGCGGCUCAUCAUUACCUAUUUGAAACAAUUGAACUGAAAAAUCGUACACUUUUGAAGGGCUUAGUUGAUUUGUUCUAUUCCAAAUAUGGCGUUCACUCUGUAUUUGAAUGAUAGCACUAUAUGUGUAAACAUCAUUAUACAAAAUCGUCAAUUCUCUUGUAGACCAAAACGUCAAGGGAUGUGUCGAAAAGAUUUCUGGAAAAGUUCUUCAUUUCCAAACUUAUCAUGAUAGGCUGGCUGAUGGCUCACUAUCGGAUUUUUAUUUUUAUGAGUCCUGCAUUUCUUCAUAGCAGUGCUUGAUCUUGUUUAUUUACUAUUUUUGUACAGACCUAAAUUGUUAUCAUUGAUUAUUAAUACUAUAAAAAUGAUUUUGCCUUUAGCUACAUGUAAAUAUAUUAUAACAUAAGGCAUUGUAAGAUAUAAAUGGUGUAAAUAUAUCAUGAAUUUUUGCAUUACGAGUGACACUUCUUCGCUCAUUCGUUAGUUGCGUAUGAUGAUUUGUACAGUUUCUUCGCAGUUAGAUAAAUUUCAAUAUUUUAUUUUUUCAAUCAGUAUGCUCUUCCUGUCAUUCUUUAAGUUAUUUCCCCUUACAUACCAUUGGAAUUCAUCGCUUUAAAAGUAACUUCUCAAAUAUUUCGUAUUAAUUUCUUCAAUAUCAUUUAUUCCAAAGCAUUUCUAUUAUUUGUGAAAAUUCGCUACAAGGAUAAUAUUUAAGUCACGAAAAUAAUACACUUCAAAAAUAAAAAAUUUCAUUGGGUCAACAAAGAAACACCAAAAUUCAGAGUUGAUUCCACUCUAGAACUUAUAGUAAUAAUAAAAUAUACAAAAAAGAAUCAUCGCUCAGUUCAGCAUACACUUACCUGGGAUCAUAAUUUUAGAAAAUGAUAGCCAUUUGAGAAUAAAUUUGGAGCAAAUGGCAGGGCUUGCAAAAUGUUUCUCUCGUUGAAACUGACAGAAACAAAAAACAAGUACGUAUGUUUUGGCACCUAAAAAAAAUACACACGCUAGGGACUGCUCAGUCGGAGGAGAAAUUUCAUCUGUUCAUCAGAAGCGCCAGGGAUACAAGAUUGAAGAAGAAGACUAUUAUCACAUGUAAUAAGAAAACAUCACCAAUAGCCGCAUUUGAAUUCAAGCAUCCGUCUAGAUUUUAACAAGUAUAUACGGCUCAAAAUUAUGUUUAAUUAUAUUAUGUUCAUUCAUCAUUUUUUUGUUGAGUGCGCGACUUAUUCAUAUAUAAAUAUUUAUAAACAUAUAUAAAACUAGUAAAUCAUGAGGGAUAUUUAUCGUGGGUAUAUAUUAGGUGUACAUAAAUUAAUGUUGGUUUUUAUUUGGGUCUUAUUGAAACGGGUUCAGACGAUUUUCAAUUUACAUCAUGAACCACAGGAUGUAAUUGUGUGUACAAUAUAUAUUAUUAAAUUUAACUGCAAGAAGGAUCAGCGUGCAUCAUCUAAUAUAUGAAGUAUAAAAUAAUAAAAGAGUAGUUAUUUUUUCAAA